CCCGCUCUUCUUCCCCACGCAGCGCCAUCUCCCCCUCCCUCCCGCCCGCCGCGCCGCCGCUCCUCCUCCUCCUCCGAUCGACCGGACCGGCGGCGGAGAAGAUGGUCGCGAUCAGGGUGCCCAGGAGCCAGCGCGCCAAGAGGGCGCUCCUCAAGCACGCGCCCAAGCUCGUUGAGACCGGGAAGAAGACGCUCAUCCUCCACGGGACCAAGACCAGCGCCGUGCUGAACUCGGUCCUCGCGAAUCUGUUCCACCUGAAGCGCGACAAUGCCGUCAAGUUCUCCAAGAAGAACGACAACAUCAGGCCGUUCGAGAGCGGCGGCGAGACCUCCCUCGAGUUCUUCUCCCUCAAGACGGACUGCAGCCUUCUAGUGUAUGGUUCUCACUCAAAGAAGAGGCCCAACAAUCUUGUUCUGGGAAGGACUUAUGAUCACCACAUAUAUGACCUUGUUGAAGUAGGAGUUGAGAACUUCAAAUCAAUUGAAUCAUAUGUGUAUGAUAAGAAACUGGCACCUAAACUUGGCUCAAAGCCUUUCUUUGCCUUCAUUGGGGAGCACUUUGAAAGUGUUGAAGAGCUGAAGCAUUUGAAGGAAGUACUGCUUGAUCUUUUCAGAGGAGAGGUGGUAGAGAAUCUGAACCUUGCUGGUGUAGAUAGGGUAUUUGUUUGCACAGCAAUCUCCCCUACUACUGUCUACAUGAUGCACUGUGCUCUCCGUCUAAAACGGUCAGGCACAUCUAUUCCUAGAAUGGAGCUGGUUGAAGUUGGGCCUUCAAUGGACUUAGUAGUUAGGAGGCACCGACUUCCAGUUGAAAGUCUGAAGAAAGAAGCAAUGAAGACCGCUGAUCAUGCUAAGAAGAUGAAAAAUGUCAGCAAGGAUCCAGUGCAUGGCAAGCUGGGCAAGGUCUACAUUCCAGACCAGCAGAUUGCAAAGAUGAGUUUAUCAAACGACGUCAAGGGGUUGAAGAGGGAACGCCGUGAAGCCAAGCAAAACAAGGACCACUCAAAGAAGCAAAAGAUAAAUCCUGAGUGAAGAAGCUGAAGAUGUAUUUUUUGUUGGGAACCAUCAGGGUGGGUUAAAGGAUUUUAUGCCUGUAACUGGUUGGGCUGUUGUGUUUACCAAGUGAAAGUUACCUUGCGCUAGAUUGAGUGGUAAAUAGUUAAUGAAGAACCAUCCUGUAGGCUUUACCCUUAUGGCUUCCACAACAAUAUUAACCAUGCUAGUCUGCGUGAAAUUUUGAGCAGCUAUAUGUUCUGAGAAUUUUGUUUUUCAAUUCUGGUUCUAGCUAUCUGUAACGGUCGGUGAAUUCUCUCAUCUACGUG